UGUUGAUAGAGGAUUAAGGGGCAAAGGGACAAUGGUGACAGUGUCCAAGCUUGAACUAGAUCAAGCUCAAUUAGUCGUGAUGAACAAUAACGCAGAGGUUCAACCAUAUAUAACUGACCAUAUGGAGCUGUUACAAUCAAUGGUUCCAAGAAAUCAAAAAAAUAAACAAAAAUGGGUUGCAGACCAACAUCGUCAAACUUUCAUUGGGUGGUUAAGGAAUACCAUUAUAUCAAAGUUGAACGAACCGAAUCAUGGAGUAUCUGAUGUGUUGAGUCGUAUUGCCCUUGGACCAACUUUUGCGGUUGCAAAGCAUGAAGCGUACAUUGUAAGGGGUAAACGUUUUCAUACAAAGUCAAGAGAUGAUGCUCGAGAGGUUCAAAAUAGUGGUAUACGUAUCGUCGCAGAAACUAUGCACUUUGCAAGUGCAAAAGAUAGAAACCCUGUUUUAGGUACUAUGACGUAUUACGGGGUCAUUGAAGAAAUAUGGGAGCUCAAUUAUUUUGCGUUCCGAAUUCCACUUUUUAAGUGUUCUUGGGUUGACAACAACGUUGGAGUAAAAACUGACGAGCUUGGUUUUACUUUGGUUGAUUUAAGUAAGAGAGGAAGCAAGAAUGAUCCAUUCAUCAUGGCUAGCCAAGCAACUCAAGUUUUUUACAUUUCUGAUCCGGCUAAUGAUAAAUGGUCUAUUGUUUUAUCGACACCAGAGAGGAGGUUCUUAGAGACUGAAGAGGAUGAGGAGAAUGCUGACUUAUGUUACGAUGACUUCAUUGUUGGACAACCAAUUCAUGAGCAACUUAUGGGAAUUGAUCGUAACAUUGAAGAAGACGACGCUGAAUAUAUUAGAAACGAUAUCAAUGAGGGAAUAUGGGUCAAUUGUGAUUCAGAGAAUGAUGCGGGACGACCGGCACAAGUCACGAAAAGCACCGGAGAUCGACGCCGCCGAUUGGUGCAAAUUUGUUGA